GAGGAGAGAGCACUUUCUCCUGCCUCAUUCAACAGCUGGGUACAGCUGCUUUUUACUCACAAUCACAAAAUGAGAGCACAGCUCCUGAACUUGGGUGCAUCUCUACCUUCCCGAAGAUUGUGAGAACAGCCCUAAUGAAGAGGUCUCUGCAGGCUUGUGCAUAGUCGCUUCCCUAGUUCCCUGUGGACAUGAGCAUCACAGAAGCGGCUGCCUCCUUGCUUCGGUCAGAAGAAACCUUCUCUGCAUGCCUUGCCCGGAUCAACAGUGUUGUCCUCAAGCCCCUGCUGCAGUCAGGUUCCUUUGAGCAUUCGAAGCUCUUCCUCCUCUUGAACGACCACUUUCACAUCCUCUGGGACUUGGCAGAGGAGAAUUACAGAGCCCUGAAGCAAACCUUCAGUACUUCGGAAUCUGCUUGCAUCCAAGAUAUCUACUUGAUCUGGAAAGCAGACGUGUUCCAGGAUGCCUACAUCCAGUACUUCUCCACUUUUGCCAGCUUUGCUGUUGUCCAGGGCUUUGAGCAUGCUGCCAGGAAUAAAAGUGAGAUCUGGAAGCGGCACAAACCGGUCCUGCAGCAGUUCCUUGCAGAUUUCUCCUUGGACACGACGAUGCCGGUGGCUCUUCAUACAGUGCUGAACAAGCCGUUCCGAGAUCACCUCCAGCAGUACAGCCUGAUCUUCUCCACGCUCGAGAAAAGCACCAGUCAGUGCCCAGAGAAAAGAGCAGUAGCUGAAGCCGCUGAGGAGUUUGUGAAGCUGCAGGCCUUCAUCAGCCAAGCCUUGGACGAAGCCUCUCUCACCAGAUCCCUGUGGAAGUCCUUGGGGCAUAAAUUCACGGAUCUUAUUUGCAUGCCUGAGCGGCGACUCUUGGAAGACAGCCGAGAUCUUACCGUCUAUGCCAGUACAGGCCAAUCUGACCGCAUUCUGCUCUUUGAUGAUAUCCUAGUUUUGGUCCAGGGGCACAGUUUGCAGAGUUUUGAACUGAAGCACGUGUGGGUAGAUGCAACCUCUCAGGAAACAGGAAAACACACUCUCCACAUCAUCACCCCAGAAGAGGAGUUCUUCCUCCUGGCCAAGGAACCAGAAGCACGAGCUGUGUGGCAAUGGAAGCUCAACCAGGCCGUGCGCCAGGCGUUGAAUGGGAAGAGGGACUUCCCCCUGUGGGGCAAGGCUGGUGAAGGGAGAGACCCUCCUGCCGACCGCUUCUUCGCCUUUGCUUUCAAGGCAGAGGGGAGACUGAAGAAUGCCGCCUACGAAGGAGAGUGGCACCUGGGCAAGCUGCAUGGCCAGGGGACGCUGACUUGGCCGGAUGGUCGCAAUUAUGUGGGAGACUUCCAAGGAGGCUUGGAGCAUGGGUUUGGGAUAUGCCUCAUGCCCCGUGUUUCUGAGGACCGCUACGACUGUUACAAGUGCCAUUGGUGGGAAGGCAAAAUGGCUGGAUAUGGCAUCUGCGAGUACGGCAAUGAGAUGGUCUACAAAGGCUAUUUCAAGGACAACAUGCGCCAUGGCUUCGGAAUCUUGGAAAACCCUUCAGCCACUGACCAGCCAUUUAAGUACACAGGGCACUGGAAAGACAACAAGAAAAGCGGCUAUGGUGUUUGGGACAACAGGGAGAAAGGGGAGAGAUACAUCGGGAUGUGGCAUGAAGACCAGCGGUAUGGGCAAGGGGUUGUGGUGAUGCAGUCCGGAGUAUGCUAUCGGAGGACAUACUACAUGGAUAAGAUGGUGGGUUCUGGGGUUCUUCUCCUAGAAGAUGAUUCCAUCUAUGAGGGGAACUUCACAAGUGACUUGACUUUUGUUGGAAAGGGAAAGCUGACCUUCCCCAAUGGCUUCACUUUGGAGGGCACCUUCAGCAACAAAUCCAGCCAAGGGCUGCAUACCCAAGGGGUCCUGAACACGUCCGGAGAACAGACGGUUGAUGCAGUAACCAAACUCCAGCUGGGUCAGGAAGAAUUUCCAGUGGAGAAAAGAUGGAAAGGUCUCUACAGCCACUUCCUGGAGUUCAUCCACUCAGGGGGCCGAAGCGAGAUGGAAGAGUCCUUCAUGGGGUUCCACGUGCAGACGAGCCGAGAGCUGCGGAAGUCGCAGGAGUACCUCUUCUGCCACAGAGGGACUGAAGAGGCUCCUGGGAAAGUAGACCUCUUGGAAGAACUCAUUGAGAACCAGGCGGAGGAAUCCCUGCAAGGAUACCUGCAACAGGCUCUGCAGUCUUCUCUGCACCCCUUAGGGAAACUGCUGAAGGCUCUGACCCUGGCGUUCCAGGCCACCUACUCUGGGAUUGGCGCCAACAAACACCUUCUGAGCAUGGCCCAAGAGGAGGUCAAGCAUUAUGCAAAGAGAAUCUGGGAAUUCUACCAGGGUUUGCUGCAUCUUGCCUUGGAGGUCAAAGGUCUGCUGGAUCCUGAAGCCACACAGCAGAGCAACCUCAAUGGACCUGGCAUCAUCCUGUCCCUCAUUCUGCCAUGUUUCUACCCGGAACUCUCGAUGUUGUAUAUGCUUUACCACGAAAAGGAGGAUGAGCUCUACUGCCAGGGGAUUGUUGACCUGAGUCGGUUUUCAGACGUUAAGCUGCUGGAAUUCUUGGAUGUGCAGAAACAUCUGUGGCCCCUCAAAGAUCUCAAACUAACCCGUAACCAGAGACACUCCCUCAUUCAGGACCAGUGUUUUCUUUCUGCUACUGAAUGCCUGCAGAAGCUAAUGACAACAAUUGACCCCCUGGAAAAACUGCACAUCCUGCAAAAGACCUAUGAGGAAAUUGAGAAAACCGUAGCUCGGGUGCUGGGGAAGGAAUAUAAUUUGCCAAUGGAUGACCUGUUGCCGCUGCUGAUGUAUGUGGUGACACGGGCCAGAAUUCAACAUUUAGGAGCAGAGAUCCACUUGAUCAGAGAUAUGAUGGACCCUGUAAAUGAAGGAGGCAUGUAUGAUUUCCUGCUUACAGCACUGGAGUCAUGCUAUGCAUUUAUCCAGAAAGAGGUGAGACUCACCCAGAACUGGCAUGGGUCACACGAUUCCUGAAUGUUUCACACGUUGACCAAUCAUUUCAUGAGGAAGAUGGAAGGGACUUGUCACAGUUGCUGCUGUCUUUUCUAUGCCUUUCCCGUGGGAAGGAAGUUCGAUGUGGGGAUUCUUUUGAAUGGAAGUAGAUUUGUGGGCACAAGAAUGUUGUCUUGCGUUCUGCAUGGGCCAAACCCAGUUUCCAGUGUCCAAGGAAGAGAGGUAUCCUUUUUUAAUUCCUACACAGAGAACAGAAAUGGGCGGGGUGGGUGGGUAGAGAGGUAGAAUCCUGGCUGUGCAGAAGCCAGAAUAAAAGCCUUGUGAGUACUACCAAGACCAGAAGACUGAGAUCUUCAAUCUUUCCCCUGAUCAGUGGAAUUCUUAACUGAACGUUGUUGUGAGCUGAUCAGUCUCAUUUCUCACGGUGCUUCCUUGAGAUACUGCUAUUCUCCCUGCUGUGCAGUUCUUAGUCUUCAUGCUGAUGCAUGUAUUAGUCCUACUAUUGUGAACACUGCCAUUACAGUAUGGUAGAAUGUGUGAUGGGCAUGUACAUAGCUCAGAAUUUUGGCUGGGUGUUACUAUGCUGCUGGUGAACUUGUGAAGAAGUGAGGUUAAAGUCUCCUUAGUUCAGCGAUGGCAAAUGUAUUGAGCCGUUCUCCAUCACAAGGAAGAAAUAUGUUUAAUGGCAGAAUAGAGAAACUAUUACAGCUAACCUUCUUCCAUUACACAUUCAGUUUGAUUUAGACUUAAAAAAAAAAUUAAUGCCUAGUUAGUUGCCCUCAUUCCCUCUCCUACUUUUAAAAGUAAAAGGACAGUAGAUUUCCUGCUUUGGUUCCCUUCUGCACCCAAUCUUCUGCAAGUACACCUCAAAGUGUGGCAUUUUGAGAGGGAGUCACUAUCGCCAAGAGCUGUAGUUGAACACCAUUACCCUUGGCUGUAUUUCAGAUAGGAGGAUUGGGUAUCAGGAUUGGGUAUCAGACUCCACAGAUCUGCAUGAAGGCAGUUUGAAACACUUUAAACUGAUCUUUGGAUCAAACCGUAAGAGUCGUGCCAUUGUAAGAUUUUGAAACUCUUCUGGGACUGAACUGACAACUAUGUAAUUGCUCUUUAAAAAAUUAAUGCAAGUUCUAAAUGAAAGUCUUCUAAAACAGAUCUGGCAUGAUGAAAUUCUUAUAAGGGAGAUAGCAAAUUUUAUUGUAAAAUGUAUGGUCGUGUUAGGAAGUCAAAUUUCCAGUCUGUCCUCUGGUUGUAGAGGAGGGAGGUCACUGUGAAUCCUUGCUCUUGUGGAUCUUGAUGGCAGAAAGCAACUGGAAGUGAGAACACUAAUUUUAAAUGAACAGCGCAAGACUGAAGCUUGUGUACUUUUAAAAAUUAACUGAAUGGACUGUUACAUAAUUUUACAUCAAUGCCUUAUGGUAUCAAGACACUGGAUAAAAAUAUUUAAUAUCCCAAUUUUGAGAUUGUUAUAAAUGACUUUGUAUUGAAAUAAAUUGGUAUAUUUUG